AUGAGAGCCCAUUCCCUCCCCCAGGAGAGGGUCCCCCAGCACUCCUGCGGGGUGAGGGUGGGGGGACCAUGCUGCUUUUCAUGCUCAAGUCUAGCCUUUAUCCCCAGUUGCAAUUUUAAGCCCGUGGGUGGUCUGCAAAGAGAAUGGAGCUUGGUAUGUGGGGAGCCGCAUGUCACAGUGGAAAGUUAAUGGACUUUUGAGUCAUAACACUUGCACUUGAACCCAAGUUCCACUGGGAUCUGGGAAAGUGACCAGCUUCCCUCCAAAAUGGGUUAAUAACCAAGCCUGUGGGGUGGUUGUGAGGCUGGAUGAGCUCACGGCUGGAUGGGGUUAGCCAGCUGUAAAGGGCCACAUAAGUGUUAAUCACUGGUAUUAGGAAGUGCUCUAUAAAUGCUUGUGGGAAAUGAGGCAGAGGAGCCCCUCCCUGGCUGUGCAUUAACCUUCACUGUCCCAGCCACCAGGACGCAGGCCCAAGGCCUCUCUGCAGCCCCCACUGGGUCACACUCCGACCUCCACAGAGACCCAGGCCCAGAGGGGAUGGACAGGGAAGCUGCGCCUGGCCCUUCGCCAGCUGGAGAAUUUCAUGCUGUGCCCUGCAUUCCUGCUCUCCACCAGAGCAGCGGUGCCCUUGUUCAGAGGAACCACAGCCGGCCCCUCCCAUCCCCUAUGCAACUCACCAGCAGCCCAAGCUCUAGGCCCCAGAAAUGUCCCUGCCAGGGUGGGAUGCAAUCCUGGUCUAAACUGAGAUUGCCCCUUUCCAGAGAUGUCAGCCGCUAAGGGCCUCAGAACCAGGCUUCCAGAGGAAAAGGGCAGGAGAGAGGCCUGGGGAAAGGGGGACAGGGUCGGGGUAUUAAGGCAAUCAAAGAGGGGACAAUGCCAUUUGGUGCCGACCUGGGCCCGAGCACCAGGAUACCAGGCUCCCUGCCCCCGUUCACGGCAGUUUCACCCAUAUAUCUUCCAGCGCAGGGAGCCAGACCCAGCCAUGCCUGACCAAACUGCAGAGAAGGCGUGGGCCAGGGGAGAAGAGCCACAGGUGUUUACCCUGAACGCGUGCCCGGGAAGUCCGCCCACCAGCCUGCCUGCCCACCCGGGCACUCUUGCUUGGCUCAUUGGCUCAGCAAGCCCCACCCAGCAGGGGAGUAAGGAACAAAAGCUGCCUACAGGAGGCCCUGGGGCAGACGGGCAGACAGACCAGCCCACAGACAGGAGAGUGGCUGCUAGACUCAAGAAAGAUGCUGUGUGACCCGCAGGGCUGAAAGUUGGGGUCGAUGAGAUCAGCCGCACACCCAUGCAGGAUGAUUAUCCUUCACGUUUAUCUAUUACCUUGUAGAAUAAAAUAUGCCCAGAUUGUGGAACUAGAAGAUGGAAGUUCAAGUCCAGCUCGUGGGCCGUGGGCGGGUGCCUGUCUGGGCCUUAGCUUACUCCCCUGUGAAUCAGGGAGGAUGGUAGUCCCUAUCCCACUGAGUCAUUGCAAGUGAGGACAUGAUGACAGUGGUUGUGAAAUGGCUUUGCCUAUCACACCUUUAAUUAAGGGCACCCAUUUCCAGGUUCCCUGAGGCCUCGUGGCCCCCAGGACCCGCACAGGUGCGCACAGGAGAGCCAAGGCCACAAUCAGCAUGAACUGGGCGUUCCUGCAGGGCAUCCUGAGCGGGGUCAACAAGUACUCCACGGCACUGGGUCGCAUCUGGCUGUCUGUGGUCUUCAUCUUCCGCGUGCUGGUGUACGUGGUGGCGGCCGAGGAGGUGUGGGACGACGAGCAGAAGGACUUUGUCUGCAACACCAAGCAGCCAGGCUGCCCCAACGUCUGCUACGACGAGUUCUUCCCCGUGUCCCACGUGCGCCUCUGGGCCCUGCAGCUCAUCCUGGUCACGUGCCCCUCGUUGCUCGUGGUCAUGCACGUGGCCUACCGCCAUGAGCGCGAGCGGAAGCACCGCCGGAAACACGGGCCCGACGCCCCGUCCCUGUACGACAACCCCAACAAGAAGCGGGGCGGGCUCUGGUGGACGUACCUGCUGAGCCUCAUCUUCAAGGCUGCCGUCGACUCCGCCUUCCUCUACAUCUUCCACCGCCUCUACCAGGACUAUGACAUGCCCCGCGUGGUGGCCUGCUCCGAGGCGCCAUGCCCCCACACCGUGGACUGCUACAUCUCCCGACCCACAGAGAAGAAGGUCUUCACCUACUUCAUGGUGGCCACAGCUGUUAUCUGCAUCCUGCUCAACCUCAGUGAGGUCACCUACCUGGUGGGCAAGAGGUGCCUGAAGACCCUCGGCCCCAGGCGCCGGCAGUCCCGGUGCCGGGCUCACCUGCCUGAUACGUGCCCACCAUAUGCCCUUUCCCAGGGAGAGCACCCCCAGGAUGGGAACUCUGUCCUCAUGAAGGUCAGGUCCACCAUGAUAGAUGCAGGUGGGUACCCGUAACUGGUGAGGUCGGCGGCUGAGACCACCAGAGCCUGGGCCUGCUCCCUAAGACCACAGCAGGGCAGUGGCAUCGUUUCUGCAGCAGGGCAGGUGAGGAAGGUGGGUGUGGAGCUCAGGAAGCCCACCCAGGGGCCAAUGCUGGGAGGCAGUUCAGUCUCUGGGUCCUGAGCCCUGGGAAGGGGAGAUUGAUGGCUGGCAGGGAUUUUGUAUGUGGCAUUAGGGUGUGUCAAAACCCUUAAUAAAUAUGAUUUUCUUUGUACUUUGCAGACCAGGGGAGGAGUGAUGGGUAGGAAAGCAGGGAGAUUCAUGAUGGACUUUGGAGAGGAGGUCAAGACUCAGUGGGCAUUUGAACCCUGGAACCUCAGGUACAGGUUUACCCAUCACACACACACACUCACCCCACACACACCACCCACAGAAUGUGCCCCCAGGAUGUGCUGGGAAGCCCAGAGGCUGCUCCAGGGGUCUCUGGACUCUACAACAAAGGCAGGAGGGAAGGUACCCUCGGAGCCCCUGUGCCUAGCAUGAGUUGGUUCUCAGCGAGUGUCCCUCAGAUGAGUGCAUGUGGCUCCACAUUCCGGCCCCCCUAACCCUGCCCAGCACAGGUCCCCAGAGGUGAGUCCCCUAGGAGGGUGAGAUGGUGCCAAGAGCAAGUCUUGGAUGCGGAGUCUGCCAGCGUGUCUAGGAGGCACAUCCCCACAGGCCAGGAACCCACUGAGAGCAUCCAAGCUAAACGGUCCCCCAUAGAUCCUCAAGUUUGAGCAACUUACCUCCUGCUUACCUCCUCUCAUCCUCCCUCACCACUCACUUGACAACUUCCAAACCCACAGCUCCAGCCUGGACCUGCCUCUGGUCCCAGAGCCCCAUACCAACAGCUCAUGGGACAGCUUUCUGGGAGACCCCCAGACAUCUCCCACUCUGCAACCCCCAAACUGACCAUGUCAUCUUUCCUCAAACCUGCCCUCCCCAAAGAUCACCACUCCCCACCCCAUGAAUAACACUACCAUCCACUCAGGCAUCCAAGCCAGGAGCUGGCCUGACAGCCUCGUCCCCUCCCCAGCUCCUAGCCCCUCAUGCCUUACAUCCCACUGCAGCACCAAAUCCCACUAUUUUCAACCCCUAAAUGUUUUCUGAGUCUGCCCCUCCUCUCCCACCCCACACCCUCCCACUGGGCCUCUCCCAUCUGCCCUCCACUACAGGGACAGUGUUUUUUCUAGAUACAAAUCUGAUCAUGUCAUUCCUCCUGCUUUGAAAAUCCCCUCACCGCCACUGUCAUCACCAUUGCCGUCCAUCCAACCCCGCUGACGUUCCCAGCCGCACCCCCUGCCUCCUCCCUCCUUGUACCACCAAUAAUACCAAAGGGCUUGUGGUUCCCCAACCAGACACAUCACACCAGGUCCUGCCUCCAGCCUUCAGACAUGCUGUUCUCUCUGCCCGAAGUGCCCUCCCUCCCUCCUUUGGGACCCUUCCUCGAACCCCAGGGACAGCCUUAACUGCCUUCUCCCUGCGCCAGCCUCGCCUGUGCCUCUGCCCUUCUUCCCAGAUUGGAGUGGUCUGUUCUCCCCACCAGUCCAUGAGCCCUUCACGCACAGGACGCUGAGUCAUCCAGGCCCUCAGUUGCCUUCAAUAAAUGUUUGUGAAAUGA